CGCAACACUUUUCUGUAGAACUGUUACCCAGCGCAGCAACGCAACAUGGCGACCGGGGAAUCCUCAACUGCCCUCCCCGCUGGGCAGGAGAUCAUCACGGUAAAGGUGAUCAAUGCCGUCAACUUCGGCCCAGCCGUCAUUGAACGGUUCAUGGCUCCGCCAGUGCCCGGCCUCGCCACCUUCAAGGACUCUCCCUCAUUCUCGUUCCUGCUGGAGCACCCUUCGGGCCGGAAGCUGGUCUUUGACCUAGGAAUCCGGAAGGAUGUCCAGAACUACGCCCCGAGAAUAGCCGCCUAUCUUCCCUCCACGAACUACGACAUUCAAGUGACGGGAAAUGUCGCGGAGAUGCUCGAGGAUGGGGGGAUCAAAGCCAGCGAGAUUGAGGCUGUCAUCUGGAGCCACUGGCACUGGGACCACAUCGGCGACCCGUCCACUUUCCCCCCUACCACCGACCUGAUCGUGGGACCGGGCUUCAAGAGGGCCAUGUUGCCAGGGGCACCAGCCAAUCCCGACUCUCCUAUUCUAGAGAGCGACUAUGCCGGCCGCAACCUUCGCGAAAUCACGUUUGAAGGAGGCCAGUCACUUCUCGCCGGCAAGUUCCCCGCCUAUGACUACUUUGGGGACGGUUCGUUCUACCUCCUGGACAGCCCGGGCCACGCCGUCGGCCAUCUCUGCGGACUUGCCCGGACCACCAAGGACCCAGACACGUUUGUCCUUCUCGGUGGGGAUAUCUGCCAUUAUGCCGGCAUCUUCAGACCCUCCGAGCAUCUCCCCAUUCCCAGCACCAUAACACCUCACCCCUGCCAUCCCCACAGCGCCACCGCCACAUCGCUGUGCCCCGGCCAUGCUUGGGAAGAGCUGCAGGCGUCGAGAGGCCGGAAGGGGACGGACACGCUCUACGACAUGACCUUUGGACUGGACAUCCCGCUGGCCACCAGGACGAUGGGGAGGCUGCAGGAGCUGGACUGCCUGGAGAAUGUGUUUGUAAUCAUUUCCCAUGACAGCACCGUCCGGGAUGGCGUGCCUCACUUUCCGGAGAGUCUGAAUGCGUGGAAAGAGAAGGGUUGGGGGGAGAGGCUGAAAUGGUCGUUCCUCAAGGAUUUGGAGGUUUAUUGGAGGUCAAGGGGUCUCGCCUAAGCAGUCGAAGUUUGUGUUUGUUAUGGGAUGACCUAACGCAACCAUGGGUCCGUGGAUAUGUUUCGUUGUUCUCGCGGUUGUGGACUGACAGUGAGAAUACCCC